AUGUCGGUGCGAAUCGACGAACCGCAACUGUUCGUUAGCAUGUCAAAAGAGCCAACUCAAGAAACUGUUAAUGUUGGAGCACACGAUGAAACUAGCAGCAAUUGUGAUGAGAGACCGGAUGAUCAGAUUGAUGAGCAGAAAAGCACUCCACCCGGAUCCCCAGAUCUAGCAGCAAAUCUCAACAUGUUCGACAUGGAAUCCCGUCAAAAAGUGGUCCAACGACUCAUACAUUCCCAAUUAAAUCUAUCAAAUCUUCGAACGCCACUGAACCUUCCACCAAUAUUUCAAGCAUUACAAGGACCUUUCAAUAUUCAGCAACAACUACUCGGGUUGGCUUCUGGGUUAACAGCCAUCUCCCCUGGUCUUGAUGAUUAUGAUGAGGAGAACACAAAUGGAGUAGAGCCAGAAGAUUUGACGUUAGGUGGAUUCAGAAAAGAGAAUUCAGUGAAAUCAGAUGAGCCAUCAGAAUCUGGAGUCAAUGCUUCAGGGGGUCCAGCAUGGUCAUAUGAAGAACAGUUUAAGCAGUUGUACGAGUUGUCGGAUGAUGUGAAAAGGAAGGAAUGGUUGGAUGAUUGGCUCAAUUUUAUGCAUAGAAUAGGCAAACCGGUGACCCGAAUUCCAAUUAUGGCAAAACAAGUACUUGAUCUCUAUGAACUCUAUCGACUCGUUGUUCAACACGGUGGUCUUGUUGAAAUAAUAAACAAAAAAUUAUGGAGAGAAAUCACGAAAGGACUCAAUCUACCCUCAUCAAUUACAUCUGCUGCAUUCACUCUCCGAACACAAUAUCAGAAAUAUUUAUAUGAUUAUGAAUGCGAAAAAGAGAAAUUAUCAAAUCAAUCGGAUCUACAACAAGCAAUCGAUGGGAAUCGUCGAGAAGCUCCUGGAAGACGGACUGCUCCUUCAUUCCCGUUACCAUUUCAACUUCCUCAUGCUGCUAAUGCGGCUGCCAGUAUGCUCAAUAAGCAGUUAAAUGGGCUUGGAAUGAGAAAUGAUCUCCUUGAUGAUGAAAAUACAUUGAGCCUUCAAGCCAGUGGUCUGUUCGGAGCCGGCUAUGGAGCUGAACAAAUGGCAAUGCUCGAGGCUCAUCAGAGAAAUAUGGAAAGAGCACAAAGAGUCGUGGAACAAGCUGCCAGACAGAGUUUAGGAUUGACAGCUAAUUCAAAUGGAAAUGGAGGAAACCAUUCGAAUUCUGGAAGAGAAUCCACGUCUAGCAAUGAUUCUGAUAUUCCAGGUAAUCGAUUUAAGACUCUCAAGGAAAAUAAUUUGAUUUCAGUAAAACGAGCAAAGUUGGAAAUCGAUCACAAAUCGAAUAGUAAUUCUAGUUUACGGAUUAGUACAAAGACAUCAGAUGAUUCCAAAAACUCGAUGACAGUUUCGAUGGAAAUCAAUGGAAUUACCUAUCAAGGAAUACUAUUUGCUCAAGAUGAAGCCAUCUCCGAGUCUUAA